UGUUAGUUAUUCUGAAAUAACUCUGCUGUGUAGACAUAGCCUAAAAACAUGUUUGGAGCAAUAAGUGGAGAAAGGUACAUUUGUUCCCAUUAUAGAAGGUACAAUCUCAGAGUGAAAUGCAAAAUAGUGUCCAUUUUCAUUUGAACAUUCCAAAAGAUGUAGUCACUGAUGUGUGAUCACAUUUUUACAUGUAUAGUUUAUCUUCCAGCCUCCAUUUCCUUCAAGAUAAUAGACUGGUGAGAUAAUAGACUGGGAGAUGAAAUACUAAGAGAAUUCUUCAGCAAAAAGACCAGAUGUUAAUUCUCCUGAUCAUAGGGCAAUCUUCAAGUCAGGCAACAGAGAAAUCAUUGUAAGCUUGGUGUUUUGGAAAUAUGGAAUCAAUCUCUAUGAUGGGAAGUCCUAAGAAUCUCAAUGAAACCUUUUUACCAAAUGGUAUUAAUGGUAUCAAGGAUGCCAGUAAGAUCACAAUUGGCAUUAUCGGAAGCGGAGACUUUGCCAAGUCCUUGACCAUUAGGCUUGUAAAAUGUGGGUAUCAUGUAGUCAUAGGAAGCAGAAACCCUAAAUUUGCUUCUGAGUUCUUCCCACACGUGGUUGAUGUUACUCACCAUGAAGAUGCUGUAGCAAAAACUAACAUCAUUUUUGUUGCCAUACACAGAGAACAUUAUGCCUCUUUGUGGGACCUCAAGCAUUUACUUGUAGGUAAAAUCCUUGUAGACGUGAGCAACAAUAUGAGAGUGGAUCAGUAUCCAGAAUCCAAUGCAGAGUAUUUGGCCUCCCUAUUCCCAGAAUCUCUGGUUGUAAAAGGAUUUAAUGUCAUCUCAGCUUGGGCACUGCAGUUAGGACCAAAGGAUGCGAGCAGACAGGUCUUUAUAUGCGGUAACAAUGUUCAAGCUCGCCAUCAAGUUAUUGAACUUGCCCGACAGCUAAAUUUUAUUCCCAUUGAUUUGGGGGCAUUGUCUUCUUCAAAGGAGAUUGAAAACUUACCUCUGCGACUGUUCACACUGUGGAAGGGGCCAGUAGUGGUGGCUGUUAGUCUGGCUACUUUUUUCUUCAUCUAUUCUUUCAUCAGAGAUAUAAUACAUCCAUACGUGAGAAACCAGCAGAGUGACUUUUACAAGAUUCCCAUUGAGAUUGUGAACAAGACUUUACCAGUUGUUGCUAUUACUUUGCUGUCUCUGGUGUAUUUAUCAGGACUCCUGGCAGCUGCUUAUCAACUUUAUUAUGGCACUAAGUAUAGGCGACUUCCUCCCUGGCUGGAAAGUUGGUUACAGUGUAGGAAACAGCUUGGACUACUCAGUUUUUUCUUUGCUACGGUGCACGUGGCUUACAGCCUCUGCUUACCUAUGCGGAGGUCAGAACGAUACUUAUUUCUUAAUAUGGCUUAUCAGCAGGUUCAUGCAAAUGUGGAAAAUUCUUGGAAUGAGGAAGAAGUAUGGCGAGUUGAAAUGUAUAUCUCCUUUGGAAUAAUGAGCCUUGGCUUGCUUUCUUUAUUGGCGGUUACUUCCAUCCCUUCAGUAAAUAGUGCCUUAAACUGGAGGGAAUUCAGUUUUAUUCAGUCUACACUAGGAUAUGUCGCACUGCUCAUAAGUACUUUCCAUGUGUUAAUUUAUGGGUGGAAAAGAGCCUUUGAAGAAGAAUACUACAGGUUUUAUACACCACCAAACUUUGUUCUUGCCCUUGUUUUGCCUUCUGUUGUAAUUGUAGGUAAGAUCAUUUUACUUUUUCCAUGUAUAAGCAGGAAACUGAGAAGAAUCAGAAGAGGAUGGGAAAAAAGCCAAGUUAUGGAAGAAACAGGUGGGACUGUUCCACAUCUCUCACCAGAAAGGAUUACAGUGAUGUGAUGGUAGAAUAUCAUCCAUUAGCAUUGCUAAAAUUGUCACUGUGUUUUUUGUUUGUUUGUUAUAAAACUUGUGUUUUGAGGAGUUUAUAUAAUUCACGUAUAAAAGUUGCUAUGGACUUUCUUGGCAUAAUGGUACAAGCUCUUAGCCAAGGAAUAAGUAAUUUAUUUUUCUUCAGAAAACUGUAAAAAAAUCACUUCAGUUUUAAGUUACAAGAGGGCAAACAAUGUGAAAACAGGAUUUUUUAAUGCUACUUUGCACAACUGUAUCACAAAAAUAGUAGUUUUUUUAAUUAAAACCAAAUGUUCAGACAGCAUUUCUUUGACUGAUAGCACUUCCAGAGAGUGCUUCUUUUAUGAAAACCACCUUUUUUCAGUUUUUUCAGAGUAUAGAGUAAGGGAUUUUAAUGAUUUAAUGAAAUAAACAUGUUUUGAAAUAGCUACGAUUAGAUUUUUAAUGGUUGAAAUUAUUUAUUGCAUGUGUACAUUACACUUAUUUGUGUAUCUCAACAAGAAAUUUGAACCAAAUAUGAUUUGAAUAUGAUAAAAAUUUUCAGUUGCACAGUCAAAUUGUGCCUAUUUAACCAAACUGAUUUAAAAGUGUUGCCUGUGGUUUUAGACAUAUAGGCUGUCUCUACACUGCACCCCUUUUCCGGAAAAGGGAUGCAGAUUAGACA